GGCUGGUGAGUGGCUAGUAAGCUCUGGUUAUGUCUGUAUUUUAGCAGCUUAUGUGGAAUUCCACUUUGAAUGUUUUUUUUCAAACAAGCCUCUUGCAUGGAUAGACCUAACAGUUGUGGCCGGAUCAAACGGAACUCUGAAUUUGUCUUAAAGGAGGAAACCCUGUGCCUCCCAGAGAAGAAGACCACCCGACUGCAAAGAUGAAAGUGAAAUGGACAAAAUUAGGAAUGGUCUUCUUUCUGCUUCUCUCCUUUGUAAUGACGGGCUGUUUUAUUUGGCAGUACAGACUUCCCAAAGCAAAACCAGUGGAUAAAAGUUAUGCAAAAGAAGUGAAAGAGGAGAAGAUGUGCCCACUUUUCCCUGAGCCUGUGCCGUUGGAGCACCCGAUACCUGUCCUCAUGCAAGCUUUGGACAAGGUGGAUGCAAUUUUGAGGACCAGCAUUGACGCAACAAAACUGCCGGCCAUCUCUGCCAUUGUAAUAUUUAAUGAUUCUGUAUUGUGGAAUGGUAAAUUUGGCAGAAGGAAUGGAAGUGACCCCACAUCUUCACCAGUAAAUGAACACACAAUUUACAGAAUUGCAAGCCUGUCUAAAAUCUUCCCCACCUUGAUGCUCUACAAACUUUGGGAGGAUGGAAAAGUGAGUUCCUUGGAUGACCCCCUGGGGAAAUAUGUUAAGAACUUUACCAUAAAAAACCCUCUAGAGAAAAGAAGGAAUCAUGACUUGAAGGCCACCUCUGACGGCGUGAGCACUAGAGAGGCUCAAGUCCACGUCUCCUCAGUUACCCUGAGAAGGAUGGCCAGUCAGCUGUCAGGUUUACCCAGGCGGCUCCGGGCAACUACUUUACUGUGGAAAGGCAACACUCAGGCUGCUGUGGAUUUAUUACAAGAUGAUGUUCUCGUGGCUGAUCCUGGAACAAAAUGCCACUACAGCAACCUGGCCUUCUCCCUGCUGGCCCACGUGAUGGCAGAGAAGGUAGCAGGGAUGGAUUAUCAGCAAUGGGUGUCUGAAAAUAUCCUGCAGCCACUGAGAAUGGAGGACACUGGAUUUGAAAUCACCUCUCAAAUAAAGAAACGGAUGGCGAUAGGUGUUUACUCAAGCGGCUACCCCGCACCCCUCUAUGACCUUGGCUGGUAUAGACCAUCAGGGCAAAUGUACUCCACACCUGCAGACUUAGCCAAACUAGUAAUGAUGCUUCUGGGGGCAUACCAUCCAGUUCUCCAACCUGAGACUCUCAAAACCAUGCUAACUUCUCUGUUUCGCUGUGAAAAUAGCUACUUUGCUGAACAAACUGGCACACCGUGGGAGGUCAAUGAACAGUUGGGCUAUGACAUAAUCCGCAAAGAUGGAGAUCUGGAUGGUUAUUCAGCCUCAAUCUCCCUCGUACCUCGCUUGAAGCUGGGGUUGGUCAUCCUAAUGGCUGGAACCAAACCUGAAGAUGAGGAUCUGGUGGCUAAAGUCUACAGUUCACUCAUCCCCGCCAUGGAAAGUGCCUUCAGAGAUGCACCUCGUGUUUUCAAUCCUACUCCGGACCCUGAUCCCUACAUAGGUUACUUUACUUAUAGCAACAUAACGUUCUAUGAGAUCAAAGCAGAUGCAGUUGGAGUGCUUUCUCUGGAGCAGUUUGGACCUCAAGUAGACACGAUGGUUCCCAUGAAGUAUAGAAGUUUGAAACUCAGUUAUCUGCAGGAUAGGGUCUUCAGGGUGGUGUUUGAGAAGGAGUACCCAUGUCAGCUCAAACUUAACGCUGCUUGGGUGUCUCUUGAAUCUCAGGAUGGGCAGCUUUUCAACUUUUACAUCUUUAAUAAAAAGGGGCUCUCACCAGGAUUUGAUGUCCCAGGGUUAAACACUUAUAAAGUCACACGGAUACCUCGCAAACCAAUUUUCAGUGGUUGAAGAAAUCAUUUGAUCAUGCUUUUGAGUUAAUAAGCUAAAAGGUGCUCUUUAGGAUGAAAGUGUCAAAUUCUGAGGAACUUCAACCUAUGAUUGUACACAUUUUAAUAAACUUUUGGGUCGAGAUGCUGAAUGUAUAUUUAGAAUACCUUUUCUUCUCUUUAUUUUGACCAUUUUGAAAAUGGUAAUUUUUAUGUAUAGUAUCUCCUGCUGUUGUUUUCCCUUUCUUCAGAGGAAUAUCUAUACACAAUGGACAACGGACGUUCAUUUAUGUGUGUUUCGAAGAAGCUUGAACUGUGUGUCUUAUUUCAAAGUAACGUGUGUGCCUUCCCUAA